GCGCCGGCCACUCCGCGCGCCUCGCCGCUGUCCUCCCGGCGGCCGGCGGCCUGACGGUUCCUGCGGCGCUUCGUGAGCGGUGCCUCAGCUCCGCCGAGCACCAGCGUGCGGCAUGUCGCGGCGGCGGCACAGCGACGAGAACGAUGGGGGACAACCUCACAAAAGGAGAAAGACCUCUGAUGCAAAUGAAACUGAAGAUCACUUGGAAUCUUUAAUAUGCAAAGUAGGAGAAAAGAGUGCCUGCUCUUUGGAGAGCAACCUCGAAGGCUUGGCUGGUGUUUUGGAAGCUGAUCUUCCUAAUUACAAGAGCAAGAUCUUAAGGCUUCUUUGUACAGUUGCACGUCUGUUACCUGAGAAGUUGACCAUUUAUACAACAUUAGUUGGACUACUGAAUGCCAGGAAUUACAACUUUGGUGGAGAAUUUGUAGAAGCCAUGAUUCGCCAACUGAAAGAAUCAUUGAAAUCAAACAAUUAUAAUGAAGCUGUAUAUUUGGUCCGUUUUCUUUCUGAUCUUGUGAAUUGUCAUGUCAUUGCUGCCCCAUCAAUGGUUGCUAUGUUUGAAAAUUUUGUAAGUGUAACUCAGGAAGAAGAUGUGCCUCAGGUGCGGCGGGAUUGGUACGUGUAUGCAUUUCUGUCGUCUUUGCCCUGGGUUGGAAAGGAAUUGUAUGAGAAGAAAGAUGCAGAGAUGGACCGAAUCUUUGCCAACACUGAAAGCUAUCUUAAAAGACGCCAAAAGACUCAUGUACCCAUGUUACAAGUAUGGACGGCAGAGAAACCACAUCCGCAAGAAGAGUAUUUAGAUUGCCUCUGGGCCCAGAUUCAGAAAUUGAAAAAGGAUCGCUGGCAGGAGCGGCACAUCCUAAGACCUUAUCUUGCCUUUGACAGCAUCCUGUGUGAAGCCCUGCAGCACAACCUGCCUCCCUUCACGCCGCCGCCUCACACCGAGGACUCGGCGUACCCGAUGCCGAGGGUCAUCUUCAGAAUGUUUGACUACACGGAUGAUCCCGAGGGUCCUGUAAUGCCAGGGAGUCAUUCAGUGGAAAGAUUUGUAAUAGAAGAGAAUCUUCACUGCAUCAUUAAGUCCCAUUGGAAGGAAAGGAAAACUUGCGCCGCGCAGCUAGUGAGUUAUCCUGGGAAGAACAAGAUCCCCUUGAACUACCACAUAGUUGAGGUGAUCUUUGCAGAGCUGUUUCAACUUCCAGCACCGCCUCAUAUCGAUGUGAUGUACACAACGCUUCUCAUUGAACUGUGCAAACUUCAGCCUGGCUCUCUACCCCAAGUUCUUGCACAGGCAACUGAAAUGUUAUAUAUGCGUUUGGACACAAUGAAUACUACAUGUGUAGACAGGUUUAUUAAUUGGUUUUCCCAUCAUCUAAGUAACUUCCAAUUCCGUUGGAGCUGGGAAGAUUGGUCAGAUUGUCUUACUCAAGAUCCAGAAAGUCCCAAACCAAAGUUUGUAAGAGAAGUUCUAGAAAAAUGUAUGAGGUUGUCUUACCAUCAGCGUAUAUUAGAUUUUGUCCCUCCUACCUUCUCAGCUCUAUGUCCUGCAAACCCAACCUGCAUUUACAAGUAUGGAGAUGAAAGUAGCAACUCUCUUCCUGGACAUUCGGUUGCCCUCUGUUUAGCUGUUGCCUUUAAAAGUAAAGCAACCAAUGAUGAAAUCUUCAGCAUUCUGAAAGACGUCCCUAAUCCUAAUCAGGAUGAUGAUGAUGAUGAAGGAUUCAGCUUUAACCCACUGAAAAUAGAGGUCUUUGUACAGACUCUGCUACACUUGGCAGCCAAGUCGUUCAGCCACUCCUUCAGCGCUCUUGCAAAGUUUCAUGAAGUCUUCAAAACCCUAGCUGAAAGCGAUGAAGGAAAAUUACAUGUUCUAAGAGUCAUGUUUGAGGUCUGGCGGAACCAUCCACAGAUGAUUGCGGUUCUGGUAGAUAAGAUGAUUCGUACGCAGAUUGUGGACUGUGCUGCAGUAGCAAAUUGGAUCUUCUCUUCAGAAUUGUCUCGUGACUUUACUAGACUGUUUGUUUGGGAAAUCUUGCACUCCACAAUUCGUAAGAUGAACAAACACGUUCUCAAGAUCCAGAAAGAGCUAGAAGAGGCUAAGGAAAAACUUGCAAGGCAACACAAACGGCGAAGUGAUGAUGAUGACAGAAGCAGUGACAGGAAAGAUGGGGCCCUUGAAGAACAAAUAGAAAGACUGCAGGAAAAAGUGGAAUCUGCUCAGAGUGAACAGAAGAAUCUCUUCCUUGUCAUAUUUCAGCGCUUUAUCAUGAUCCUGACCGAGCACUUAGUACGCUGUGAAACUGAUGGGACCAGUGUGUUAACACCGUGGUAUAAGAACUGUAUAGAGAGGCUCCAGCAGAUCUUCCUACAGCAUCACCAAAUAAUCCAGCAGUACAUGGUGACCCUGGAGAACCUGCUCUUCACUGCUGAGUUAGACCCGCACAUCCUGGCCGUGUUCCAGCAGUUCUGUGCCCUGCAGGCCUAAGGGUCAUUUUUUUUCCCCCCUUCCUGUCAAGAUUUUUUUAAAAGAUCUCAAAAUAAUCUGUCUUAUUUUUUAUUGUUUGAAUGCUUGCUUUCUUGUAGCAUCCUGUCACUUUCUAAAAGAGAGAGGAGGACAGUGAAGAAAUAUGGUAUUGAUUACCCUUAACUGCCCCUAAAAAGCAGAUAUUCCCUAAUGACAAUAAUGUGAUAAUGACCAUAGGAUGUAUUGUAUAUGUGACAAAUACAGCUUUUCUGAUAUUUUUUUCUCCUUAAGGCACAAAAGAUAACUAAUUUGAGGUAUGUGAAACACUAGAGGGUCAAGCUUAUUUACCAAGUAGUAUAUAGAACUGAUGAAUUUAUUAUCAAGUAGCAUAGCUUUUCACAGCUCAUGGGUACCUCUAACAUGGCUGAAAUAAAAACUAAAAAUGUUUUUUAAACUUUGGUAUUUCAUGAUUUAUCAUCUCAGUCUACUUUAGUGAUUUCUUUGUAAAAUAACCCCAUCUGAAAUUUUCUCUUCAAAAUACUUUUAAUUACUGUAGUAUUUUUAAGAUACUAUUAAAAAGUUACUAGAGUAGCACAUUCCUAAAUCUGAACACAAAUCACCUGGGGCUGUCUGAAAAGUUAUUUUUUAAAUUAAUAUUAAACCACAGUCUUUCAAACACAGACAUAUCUGGUAGUUCUUAAGGCUCCCAGGUAAUUGCAAUAUGCAGACAAGUUUUGGAAUUAUCAUCUUAGAAGAUCUGGUCAUCUCAAAUCUGAGACAGAUCUGUUCAAGCUCAUAUAGUGCAUUUCUUGUUAAAGUGUGACUCAGAAGUAGCUAGACUGACUAAUGCCUAGGGUUGGAUGUAGGUCUGGAUUUUAUUUCUGUGGAAUCUGGUCCAAGUAACUAACUAAUUCCUAAACCUGUUUCCUAUAUGGUGUUGAGGCUUAACUAAGAUAAGAAAAGUACAUUGUAAAAUAACAAGGCGUUAUCUGACAUUCCAAAUUUCUAGCAUCUUUAGUUUUUUUUUCUCAUUGAACCUUUGAAAAAACUUAGCAAUAAUCCCACAACUGAAGUAGCUUUGUUCAUUUGUACAAUAUAGGUUUUUUUUUUUUUUUUUAACUUAGUACAUCAUAAGUUUAUGGUGCAUAAUAUAUGGGGUCUCUUUGGCUCUUUGGUUUGCCAUAUACUUAGUGGCUACAGAAUAUAGUCUACUCAGUAGAUAGAAAUUCCUAGGAUUUUAAAACACCAUACCAUUUAAGACAGAUAAUCACAAGAUUAAAGUUGCAUGGCAAGUUACUGGCAGGGAACUAAAAGCCAAGUGCUUAGCUAAAUGUUCUUUUGUUUAUACUGUUCCUCCUUCCCAUAAACUAUGUAAUUAGUUAGAAAUGGCUCCUGUCCUCAAGAAGCUAAAGGGUAACAUUCAAGGCUUUGGUAACUUUGACCCUGAAGCUGCUUUGUAAUCCUUUCAGAAUGUAUCGCAAAGUCUGGCUACUUAGACUUUUACCUGAUCCACCUCCUUUCUCUGAGACCCUCUUCACCUGUAAUGGUUGCUUCUAACAACUGCUUACUGAUGUGACCCUGCUCUGAUCCAGUCUGGCAAACUAGGUGUAUGGAAAAACCAAACCAGAGAUUGAAUUCUGAAGAAACACAUUCAACAAUCGCUCUCUCCACAAAUGAAGCUCACAGAAACAAAAGAAUGGCAUGUCACACUGUACAUCAUACCUUACAAUAAAUCAAUAUUCUGUUAAACUGAA